GAAACGCGCGUGCUGAAGGGAAGCGAGAGCCAGUCAUUACUGAAAUGUUUGGAAUUCCACUUCCGUUUAGUAGAACGCAAGAACUCCCCACGACUUAAAGUCCGCUAUUUACACUGCACGUCUGAAUUAAAGCCGCCGUUUUUCUGAUCAAAUGGCUUCUUCACCGCAGAAAUCACCGUCCUCGCCGAAAUCGCCUUCCUCCAGGAAAAAAGAUGACUCCUUUCUAGGAAAACUUGGAGGAACUUUGGCAAGAAGAAAAAAGGCAAAAGAAGUGUCUGAGCUCCAGGAGGAGGGUAUGAAUGCGAUCAACCUGCCCCUCAGUCCCACACCCUUUGAGCUGGACCCUGAAGACACCAUGCUUGACGAGAAUGAAGUUCGAACCAUGGUUGAUCCCCAUUCAAGGAAUGAUCCCAAACUGCAAGAGCUAAUGAAGGUGCUCAUCGACUGGAUCAAUGAUGUGUUGGUGGGAGAGAGAAUCAUCGUGAAGGAUCUGGCUGAAGACCUCUAUGAUGGGCAGGUUCUUCAAAAGCUCUUCGAGAAACUGGAGGAAGAGAAGCUAAACGUGGCUGAGGUGACUCAGUGUGAGAUCGCUCAGAAACAGAAGCUGCAGACUGUCCUAGAGAAGAUCAAUGACACUCUCAAAGUUUCCUCCAGGAACAUUAAAUGGAAUGUUGAAUCUGUUCAUGCUAAGAAUAUUGUGGCCAUUCUUCACCUGCUGGUGGCUCUUUCUCAGCAUUUCCGGGCCCCUAUCAGACUGCCCGAACAUGUGUCCAUUCAAGUGGUCGUGGUCCAGAAACGAGAAGGAAUACUUCAGUCUCGGCAGAUACAGGAGGAAAUUACAGGCAACUUCGAGGCACUGUCUGGAAGAUAUGAGCGAGACGCCUUUGACACUCUCUUUGACCACGCGCCAGAUAAACUGAAUGUGGUGAAAAAGACUCUUAUUACAUUCGUGAACAAGCACUUGAACAAGCUAAAUUUGGAAGUGUCGGAGCUGGAAACUCAGUUUGCUGAUGGUGUGUAUCUGGUCCUGCUGAUGGGGCUCCUGGAAGGAUACUUUGUCCCCCUCUAUAACUUCUUCCUCAUCCCUGAACAUUUUGAUCACAAGGUCCACAAUGUCGCUUUUUCUUUUGAACUGAUGCAAGAUGGUGACUUGGAGAAGCCAAAGCCCAGACCAGAAGACAUUGUCAACUGCGACCUCAAGUCCACACUGAGGGUCCUCUACAAUCUCUUCACCAAGUACAGGAAUGUGGAGUGACGGAGAAGCUCCAACAUGCAAAAAUGGCUUGAUUUAUUCAACCAAAAUGCCCAGCGCAUAAAGUCACAGCCGUAUCAGUAUUAUUAGUAUUUUUCUGUUGAAUUCUUUUCUGUAUUUCAUUGAAGUUUGAAAUUGAGCCUAAACGGUAGUUUUAUUUAUUCAGUUCACUUGGUCUUUUAUAAAGUUCUGAUUUGUUUAAUUGUUAUUUUUUAGAAAAGAAUAUGCCUGGAAAUAUAGGAAAUGUAGAGAUAUAGUGGAAGUCUUUGACUUAUUAGCCCCCUUGUAUUUUCCCCCCCAAUUUCUGUUUAACGGAGAGAAGAUUUUUUUCAACACAUUUUUAAACAUAAUAGUUUUAAUAACUCAUCUCUAAUAACUGAUUUAUUUUAUCUUUGCCAUGAUGACAGCACAUAAUAUUUUACUAGACAUUUUUCAAGAUACUAGUAUUCAGCUUAAAGGGCACCUAGUUUACCCCUUUUACAAGAUGUUAGGGUGCUUUCACAUCUGUAGUUCGGUUCAUUUGGUCCAAACCAAGGGCAAGAAAUGAUGCAUUGUACCAUUUUUCUGUCGAUUUUGGGUCUCUUUCACACCACACUGAUUGCUUUGGUCCGAACCAGUUGAAAAGAACCAAAAUUUAGUCAUGUGACAAAGUCCACAUCACCCAUUGGCCAGAUGUUAUUGAACGUAUUUCCUAAACUGCUUUUCGAUUGGUCAGAAUUAAUGUGCAGGAAAAUGCCAAUGGAACUCCCGCAAGUAAACAAACAGCAGACACAAAACGUUGCGUUUUAUGAUGACUGCACAGGCUGAUUGUAUCUCUGGUCAUAGUAUACUAAAUAGCUUGUAUACAUCACUUUAGACAAACUAUGCAUUUCGAGAAUGAAGUGCAGCUGCGGCUGGAAAACAAUGUUUUAAUGCUUUGCAAAUGGCGAAGGCGCAUCGCAAGUCACUUCAGGAGGAGGCAUGAAUUAAUUUAGCUAAACUGCAACAUGGUCAUCUUCUGAAAAUAUUACCAACGAUCCAUCAGGUAAUGUUUUCCCUCUCUCUCUCUCUCUCUCUCUCUCUCUCCUUGCUUAAAGUUGUUGGUAAAGCAACAAAUAUUUUUCCUACACAUCCCAUAAUGCACAGCACAUCGGCCUACGGCAGCUGGAUUAGUCCAAAAAGGUGCAGUACUUUUUGAGGUUGGGUCUGUUUUAGUUCGUAUCAUCUUCUCACCACAAACGAAGCACUCCAGGGUUCGUUUGAAAGAGUACCAAGACCACCUCUUCAAGAAGGUCUCUGUACACUUUUUUGGUCCGCACUCGAGUAUGAUUGCUUCAUUCACACCUGCCCAAACGAACCGCACCAAGAGGGAAAACAAACUCUAGUGCGAUUCAACCGAACUAAAUAAGGCAGGUGUGAGAACACCCUAGGAUAAGCCUUUAGUGUCUCCAGAAUGUGUCUAUAAAGUUUCAGCUCGAAAUACCCAUUAGAUCAUUUAUUAUAGCCUCCAGAAUCUGCCCAUUUUGGUGUCUGAGUACAAUGUAGCUGUUUUUGUAGCCUGUGGCUUUAAAUGUAAAUGAACUGCUUCUCCCUGCCCACCGUUCCCAUGUGCAUAUCUGCUUAUCAUGCGUUAUGUCAGAUAAACAGCAGUCAGUGACAGAGACAGACUCGGAUGAAGCUAAAAUACAGCUCAUUAGUCAAAAAUAAAGUUUAAAGUUUAUUUGGUGUAUUUGUGGUGGAGUUUAUUCAAGCCUUUCUGAAAUUAUGAGUCUAACACUGUUGUGCGUCCUGAUUGGCACAUUAUGUUCUGCGUCCUGAUUGGCUGUAGACCAUUGGCAAUCAAUCUCCUCCGUGCCGUGUCACCUGUACAGUCCAGAAUGCGUUCAGCUUGCCAAAUUUACAUAAAUCUUUGAUCGUUAGCAGUGUGACUCUGAGGUGCUGUACUGUAUAUUUGCAAGUCUUCUCCCCAACAAACCCCACAAAGUCGACAAAACAUUCUGCACCAUCAAUGGUGCCCAAGAUAGCACCCAAAAGGCAGAGAAAGAUGCUGACCAUCGCACAAAAAGUUGGAUUUUGGACAUGUUAAAGGAAAGUAGAAGUUACGUGAGUGUUUAAACAAGAGAGAAAGUGUGAAAAUGUUAAUGCCUGUCUGAGAAAAGUGUAUAAAGUGUGUAGUGAGGGGUUUUACAACCUUAAAACAUCUAUAAUAUUAGUAAAAAAUAAGAUGGACUACUUCACAGAUUUUGCCUAUUGCGGGUUAUUUUUAGAAUGUAACUCACGCGAUUAACUAGGGACCAAAUGUUAUUAUAGAAACAUGGUGCCUGUCGAUCAAUUUGGUGGGUGGGGAAAAUUGCACUCCUAUGUCACUUUGCGGUAAGCCUCAAAAUCACUGGGAUUUUAAAGUUUUUUUUAUUUUAAAGUCAGGAAAUUUGAAAAAAGACACGUUGUGUUUAUAACACUCCAAUAUGAUAGUGGACACACUAUACACACACAAACAUUUCUUUCCAAAUAGCUUAAAAAAGUUGAUUUUCAUCAUAAGUGCCCUUUAAAGUGACAUUCAAAGGCUUAAUUAGGUUAAUAAGGCAAGCUAGGGUAAUUAGGCAGGUCCUUGUAUCACAAUGUUUUGUUCUGUAGACAAUCAAAAAAUAUAUAUUGCUUAGGGGCUAAUAAUAUUGACCUUAAAAUGGUUUAAAAAAUUAAAACUUCUUUUAUUCUAGCUGAAUAAAACAAAUAAGAAGAAAAAAUAUUAUCUGAAAUACUAUGAAAAGUUCCUUGCUCUGUUGAACAUCAUAUAUUUUGAAAAAAUAUCACUGGAGGGCUAAUCAUUUUGACUUAAACUGUAUUUCUUUUAUUUGCCCACUUUCUGUGAUGUCAAUCUAUUUUUCUAUGUUUGUAAGAGUCAAAUUCAAUCUUUGAUCAAUGCUUAACAUUUCAAUAAAAUGAACUAAAGAUUCAAUGUUAUUUUUGUGCAUGUCUUAAACUUCAUAGCACUACCAGCGGAUCAAGGUUUUGAGAUGGUUUUGAGUCCUAGGGUAUGCAUGACCAUUUCAAUGUAGAGAUGUCAUUGACCCAUGAACAUUUCCUGUCUGUUAUCCAAUUAUUUCAUAACUGUAAAAAAGAGGGAGUUUAAUCAUAACUCAACGUUAAAACAGCUAUCGUAACAUUAUUUAUCAAUAUGUGUACCUUUUUGGAUUCUAGGAAACUUUGAAAAUGAUAAAUGUAAAACAGGAAAUACGUUGUUUUACAGGACUAUUGUUAUUGUUUACAUCCCUCAAAAUGAGCUAUUCACAUUGGUUUCGUUUUUACUUUGGAAUUGUCUAC